AUGCAACAAUCUCCCACGGCUCCGAUCGCUGAAACGAACGGGAAUGGCCAGGAUACGGCGCGAGAGGCGGCUCGCAGAGGUUUGAAUUUUUUCUCGAGUUUAGCGAACGAACAAGUGUGAGUUGCAGCUCGCGGGACUCGUGCCCAGAAGGUGUCGAGUCGUCAAGAACAGGCCUACCUCUCUUUCCAUGUGCACAUCGACGACGUGCUUGCGGACAAGGCUUUGAACUUUGACAAACUUCGACCGGAAUCCAAAAGCGCUUCUUGUUCGAUGCACGCCGAAUCGAGCAGUUUCAAAAUCUUGGAGAUCGUUGAGCGAGACGCCGACUCAAACGGGACUGACUCUCCAUCUAACGACUUGUUCAUACAGAACAAAAUUGGUGAGUUUUUCACUACCGUUCAAUGAUAAACUUUUUUUCCCUGCAGAUACAUCGAAAUGUGGAGACGACGUCCGGGUGGUUGGCCUCUUCGGAGAUGAAAAACAACAAUAGAUAUCAAGAUGAUUCCCACAAUUACGAGAACAAAUCCAGUGUAAAUAGUAGAAAUGAAAGUGGUAAGUUUGAUAUAUUCGCAAUGCUUUAUUUAAUUUAACAGCGACAGUUCAUUGAAAUUAUUUUUUCAGAUUCUCACGACGACGGUUUCGAAGUUUUUGACGAAUUCGCCGAAUGCGGAGAUGAUUUUAUCACAAGCGACCGAGUCGACUUCGAGCCAAACGGUUUGGAAAAGAAUCCAAUCAAAUAAUGCAUACGUUUUCAGGCGACAUUUUUUUGACGACUCGUUGUUGUCGACAUUCAAGGUGAUUCGCCAGCCGAUUGAAGACCAAAUUCUUGUACGGCCAUUCAAUAUCGAAGACUUCGAGCCGUGCAUCUCGUAAGUUGGCUUUUUCUGUUCAUUGAAUACUUUGUAAACGACUGAAAAAGCAUACUUUGUGGGCUAUCAGGAUAUAUAUUUAUACAUUUAUUUAUUCACUCUAACAAACAAGAAAAACUACAGAACAGGAAGCAGGAUAAUUGAGAAUUUUCAGAUUGUUAAUUUCGAGCCUGAACACAUUCCGUUCGAUGUCUCGGGUCGACGCGAAGAAAUUGCUCGACAACGUCACUGUCGAUCAGGUCAUUGACGCGGCUCCCUACACCGUCGUAGCCACUGUUCAAGGGUGAGACUUUCCCUGCAAACGUUCGAGUUUAUCAGUAAUUCUCAGGUCGUCGGUCAUUGUCGGCUUGGCGGGGGCUCGAAUGGUUCACGAUGACUCGAUUGGCUCCCUGAUGGAACUUCGAAGCCUCGUCGUUCGCCCAUCCUUCAGAAACCAGGAGAUCGCGAAGAUGAUGGUGUCGGCCCUGGCCCAUCUCGGAUACGAACUCGUGAGUUUUUUCAGUUCGAGUGAAACUCAAGUGGUUCUAUCAGUGACCUGAGUCCUUCUUGACCAGAAAACGAGAUCAAGAAACGAGAAAAUAAAAAACUUUUUUCUCGAAUUGAUUGACUCUAAAAAUUUUUCUGCAGGAGUCAUAACCUUUUCUCAAUGUCUUUACAAGUGAUAGAACUAUGAUAUACUUUUUUGCAGCGACUUGAGCAAAUGGUCCACAACCCACAAAAAGAGCAUGGAGACGCACUGGCUUCCUACCUUUGCAACCGCCUCGACUUCGUUCCCGUCAAAGACUCGGCGCUCAACAAUCUUUUCCAAGGCGUCGUCUUGGCGCGGAAGUUCGGUUUGCAAUACGUCGACGAACACAAGGAGAAGAAGCCGAGUCCGAUUUUCUCGCUCAAAGACUUCGCCAUCAAAUUGGUCAACGCGCCCAUCAACACGUUCUCUUCGCCCCUCGACCAGUUGCUUUCCACCGGAUUCAUUUCGCAUUAA